CUUGGUUUCAUUUUCACUUUGAAGGAUUGUCGAAAUCUUUCAGUGCUUUGCAGUGGAGGUGAUAACAGAGACGAAAUCAAAUCAUACUUUCACUUUUGAGUUGACAAACACCAGAAAAGUAGCUCGAUUUGUCGCUGGUCGCUUUUGAGAAAAUGAGUCAAGAGGGUUUGGAAAGUGACCUGGAGACAGGACUUAAAUAAGCAGCCUGGACUGUUCACAGCUCAAGAUGCAAACCCUGAUGGUAUUGUUUUGGUACUUCGUGGCACUUUUCACAUAUGUAAAGUCUGCUUUUCCUCCACCAUGUGACAGUCAGAUUUAUUGUACGGGAGCUAUCUUGCAUCAGGUGCAGACAGCAAAGCUGUUUGAUGAUGACAAGCACUUUGUUGACAUGAAGCUGAGAGCAGCUCCUGAUGUCGUCUUAUCAGCAUUCCACAACCUCUCACAUGAAUCACCAAACUUGACCAUCCCACGUGACAAACUGCAGGAGUUCCUCUGCAUAUACUUUGAAGAACCAGGAACAGAAUUUGAACCAUGGACACCACCAGACUGGCAUGAAAAGCCAAAGUUUCUUGGAAAAAUAACAGACCAAAAAUUGCGCAAAUGGGCUGAAGAAGUACACGGUCUGUGGAAGUCUCUCGGCAGAAAGAUCCGUGCCAGGGUUAAAGAUCACCCAGAGCUGUACUCACAGAUAUACACCCCACAUCCAGUUAUAGUGCCGGGAGGACGCUUCAGGGAGCUCUACUACUGGGACUCCUACUGGGUCAUCAACGGGCUCCUGUUGUCAGAGAUGACAGAAACAGCCUACGGGAUGAUCCAAAACUUCCUCUACCUUGUCGACAGAUAUGGCUUCAUUCCAAAUGGUGGGCGGAUUUACUAUGAAAGGCGCAGCCAGCCUCCAUUCCUCACUCUCAUGGUGGAGCGCUAUUACCAAGCAACCAAGGAUAAAGUGUUCCUCAGAGAAGCUUUACCGGCUCUGGUGAAGGAGUACAGCUUUUGGAUGCAGAACCGCUCUGUCGCCAUCAUUGUAAAUGGAACUGAACAUGUUUUGAACCGGUAUCACGUGGAGGUGGGCCAGCCCAGGCCUGAAUCAUACACAGAUGACCUGGAACUGGCUGCAGGACUGACUGCUGAAAGUUCACAGGAGCUGUGGGCAGAUCUGAAGGCGGGUGCAGAAUCAGGUUGGGAUUUUACAUCUCGUUGGUACAUCGAUGGUAAAGGCAACCAUGGCUCUGACCUCAAAGACACCCGGACCAGUCAAAUCCUACCCACUGACCUUAACGCCCUGCUGUUUCGUAAUGAGAAGACACUUGGUUUCUUUCACAGGAUUCUGGGUGAAGGUGACUCAGCUGUGCUGUAUGAGCAGGCUGCAGCCCGCAGGCUUGAGGCCAUAGAGGCUGUGUUGUGGGAUGCUGAGAGGGGAGCCUGGUUUGAUUAUAACCUGGUGGCAUAUUCUAACCCCUUUCAGUUUUACUCCUCCAACCUGGCACCCAUCUGGGCAGAGUGCUAUUCUCAGCCUGAAAUGGCACAGAGGGCAGUAGAUUAUCUAAAGGGGAGUAAUGCCCUUCAGUUCCCAAAUGGAGUGCCAACGUCUCUGACGGACAGCGGACAGCAGUGGGACUACCCAAAUGCAUGGCCUCCUUUACAACACAUGCUCAUCAGCGGUUUAUCCAAACUGCCGUCAGAGGAUGCUAAACAGCUGGCAUUUAAGUUGGCCCAGAAGUGGAUCAAGACAAACUGGUUGGCAUACAUGAAGUAUGAAGCAAUGUUUGAGAAGUAUGAUGUGAAUGGAGAUGGCAAACCAGGUGGUGGAGGGGAAUAUGAAGUUCAGCUGGGUUUUGGUUGGACUAACGGUGUGGCCCUUGAGCUCUUGGACCAGUAUGGGGACAGUCUCACGUCAGCAAGUAGACGUAUGAUGGGUGGCCUCCUCUUGCCUCUGGCUGUCUCAGCCCUUCUCAUGCUCCACUGAACAAGAGGAGAAGAAAGAGCCAGAUGGAUUUUAUUAUUCAAGGUUUCACUACACAACAUCCCUCUUGUCAUCUACAUGACCUCAAACAGAUGUUUGCUUUAGAAAUCAGACUAAAUUGCACACAUCAACAAUGUCUGGAAUUAUUUUUUUGGACAUCAUACAGUAUAUAAUCACCCUUUAUAUUUGCAGAAGAUUCAGGAUUAAUCAUAAUGAAGAAUUGCUUUGAUGAAUAAUUUAAUAUUUCUCCUCAGUAGUGAAAAAUCUUUUGCCAGAUCAAGAGAUGCAAAUUAUUUAGGCAAAUGUGUCUCUUCAGAACUGUUUGUACUUCUUUUCACUUAGAUUACAUGAACUUGCACCAGAAAUUGAACUGACAUUACACAUUCAUUUGCCUAAUUGAAUCACAGUGUUUCUUGACUCCCUGUACUCAGGGAGAUGUUCUAUCUGCUCAUAUACUCAUAACUUGUGUAGCCCAUGGCCUUGAUUCGCCCUAAUAAAAUAAAUACAUUAAUGCUGUCUCAACAAAAACCUGAGUUUUGAACUGCAGACAGAGACGGUGUUUCCACUCACAGUUGGGAAAUUCCUAAGUCAUCUGGUGAUCUGGAGAUAAGAUGGAGACAUGCCCCCAUGGGCCAACACUGUGCUUCACAGCAAAACAGAACUGUAACUCAAAGUUCUUCAAAGGGAACCCUUGCCUUUUUAAAGGUUAAAUUUUGGUCACUAUGAAUUACAUGACAUUAUAAUGGCUUCACGUCAGAAUCUGAGCUUGUCUAGGCCAGGAGAACCCAAAUUUUAUGACUUCACGCCAAGGCCAGAACCUCUCCACACUGCCAGAGGACCUUCCCCCAUGAUAACACGUGGCUAUAAACUCUGAGUCUUGACAAUCAGCUUUUAUCUUUAGGUCUAAGUAAAAGAAAAGACCUUUGCUUAAAAAAAUGCAUCAGUAUGAUCUUAUUCUUAUAUAAAACUUCUAAUGUUGUUUGUA